GAUAGGUUUGGACUUCUCCCGGCCGCUGAUCAAGCAAAAGGCAGCAGCCAGAGGCACAACCGAGGCAGACGUCCGAGCCAGCCAGAUUGCCGUGUUUGAGGCACACCUCCAACUAGCAAAAGAACUUGACCUGCCAGUGAAUGUGCAUUCACGCAAUGCAGAGAAGGAGGUCCUCAAUAUUCUUGCACGCAAGGAAGUUUGGGGCGUCCUCCAUGCCUACAAGGGGCCUGCAGCUCUGGCUGUCCAAGCUGCACAAAGCCGGCGCUUGUGGUUUUCUUUCCCGCCCUCGCUUGUAUACAAGUGGGAGUACCAGGAAGCCGUGAAAGCCUUGCCACUCGAGUACCUCCUCCUUGAGACAGAUAGUCCCAGCCUCGCAGCUGCCGGGCCCAAGGCUCGCAAUGAGCCAGGAUUCAUUCGAGCUGCCGCCAAAAAGAUGGCCCAGCUGAAGGGUGUUAGCAUCGAGGAGGUGGCCUCGCGGACUACACAGAAUGCUGUGCGUCUCUUCGGCAAGGCUUCACCCAAUCUACAGGCCUGCACUGUGAAGGAGUCGGAGAAUUUCUUCACUGGGAAAACUCAGCGGUGGCAGAGAGACCUCAAGGACAAGCGCAAAGGCGAACUACCUGCGCCGCCUCCUGCACAAGCAUUUGUUCCACCCGAUCGACCCAGGAGGCGAUGGUCGCGUCAAAGUCAUGGCAUUCAAGAGUUGCCGGCGCUUGAGCCACGGAAACACGCAGCAGAUGCCGAUGAAGCAGGGCACCUUGCUGGACCUCGGCGUGUUGCAUCGCGGUCAGAGGGCAAUGGGCGGUUGCAGCAGACUGCCAUUGUGACCACCCUGACCCUUGCGCUGGCGCAGAAGGUGAAAGGGCGCAGACGUCACACUCUCUCAGCGGGCCCCAGGUUUGCCCCCGAGCAACCGCCCAAGGAGGGCGAGAUCGUAGUGUCCGGCGGGCCUGCAAGAUUGGCACGCAAGAAGGUUCCCCGAUGGGCACCAGAUGGAGGUUCCGACCCGCUGGUGGCAGACAAAGGCAGGGGCGGCGCACUUGAUUUCAUGACCGAGGAGGUGUAUCCAGGCGAUGGCCGGUGCUAUCGUGUAGUCUACGACUUGGGUAUAGGUAUGCGAAAGGAGCCGAACAUUGGUGCAAAAAGGACUGGAGAAGAUCUUCUUGCAGGGGAAGUUUUCGAGAUCAAGCAGGAGAUCCGCCGUGCUGGGCGACGGUACUUCGAGCUGCUGGAUGGCCGGGGCUGGGUCUUCGACUGGACCGAGAUCGACGGCGAGCGAGUCGAGCUGGUGGAGCUAGCAGCCCAGCUCUACACGGUAGCUUUCCCUGACGGAGUGAACGGCAUCGCCUGGAGCUCCGAUGCCACAAUGCGGUUCUGUACUGUCAAUGGCUUCACCAAUGAGGUGGAGGCAACAAAUCUUGCACAGGCUGGAAUUCGAACCGGCGACGUCUUGGUCAUGAUCGACCAGGACCCUGUAGUUGGCAUGCCGUUUGGGCAGGUUUUGGAGCGGGUUUGGGCAACCGGUGGCCGGCAGCCGGGAUCAGGAUAUUUCUACAAGGUGACCACCGAGUCUCCUUAUGGCAUUGGGAUUCGAGAUGAGCCGGACAUCAACGGCCCUCGAACGGGCGAAGACUUGAUCCGAGGGGCUGUCUUUGAGGUGGACGAGAUGGUGGAGGUAGAGGAUGAGCUCACUUAUCUGCAUCUGGCGGAUCAGCGGGGAUGGGUCUUUGACAACUCGGCUGUCGAUCCAGAGAACCCGUGCGUCAUCAACUUGGCAGAGAUUGAGCCAGGCUGCACUCUGACAAUGUGGCGUGGUGAGGUGGACGAGCUCGCCAAAACUAUUGGUUUGCGCUUCAAGCAGGAUGGCAAUGAGGGACAGCCUUUCACCCUGACCGUGCUGGAAGAGGGGGAGCCCAUCCAGCGUGUGCCGUGCGCCCCUGGCUCCAACUUGCGCAAGACCUUGCUAGCCAACGGCUUCCAGGUCUACCAGGAUCUCCGUUCCGUUUUCAACUGCAACGCUCAGCAGCUUUGCGGCACCUGUGUCUUGGACGUGAUGGAGGGUGAUGACAACCUCACGGUUCGAUCAGUGAACGAAGCAGCGGUGAUGUCAGCGAACCCACCCAGCUUCAGGCUUUGCUGCAACAUCGAUGUCUACGGUGAUGUCACCGUGAGGCUGCGCCCGCGCGGUGUGAAGUACGGUGGGGGCACCAGCUGA